GUUCUUGAUUUGAAAAAUGUUAAAGACCGUGAACUUGAUAAACUUUCCGGAGGAGAGCUACAGCGUUUUACAAUUGCUGCUUUAUGUGUUCAAAAUGCUGCGGUUUACAUGUUUGAUGAACCUUCUAGUUAUUUGGAUGUACGUCAGCGACUGACUGCUGCUCAAGUGAUAAGAUCCUUAUUAAAGGAAGAUAACUAUGUGAUAGUUGUGGAACAUGAUCUCUCUGCCUUGGAUUAUAUGUCUGAUUUUGUAUGUGUGCUAUAUGGCGUUCCUGGCAUUUAUGGCGUUGUGACAAUGCCCUACGGUGUUCGGGAAGGCAUCAACGUUUUUUUGGAUGGAUUUGUUCCAACGGAAAAUUUACGCUUUCGCGAAGAGGGUCUCACCUUUCGUAUUGUUGAUGAUUUUGACGAGGUCACUAAACGCACCGCUCAGAACAGUUAUCCUUACAUGACCAAAAAAUUGGGAUCUUUUAACUUGACCGUAGAACCCGGAAAUUUCUCUGAUUCCGAGAUUAUUGUGUUACUUGGAGAGAAUGGCUGUGGUAAAACCACAUUUAUUCGCAUGUUGGCUGGUCAUCAAAAACCAGAUAACGGUGCAGAGGUGCCACAACUUUCAAUCAGUUAUAAGCCCCAAAAGAUUGCUCCCAAGUUUCAAGGAACCGUGAAGGAUCUUCUUCAGACGAAGAUUUACGAUGCCUUCAGUCAUCCUCAAUUCCAGACAGAUGUACUGAAGCCCUUGACUAUUGAAGAACUUUUGGAUCAGGAGGUACAAAACCUCUCUGGAGGUCAGCUUCAAAGGGUUGGUUUGUGUAUUGCUUUGGGAACGCCGGCAAAUAUAUAUUUGAUUGACGAGCCAAGUGCCUAUCUGGAUUCGGAUCAGCGUAUUAUAGCAGCCCGUGUUAUCAAGAGGUUCAUCAUGCACACAAAACGUACAGCCUUUAUCGUAGAGCAUGAUUUUAUUAUGGCAACGUAUUUGGCGGAUCGGGUUAUUGUGUAUGAUGGUACACCUGCUGUGAAC